GCACUAGUAGGCGCUCUACACACCAAAACAAACACACCCCACAACAGGCAGAUCUGCAGAAUGUAGGGGCUGCAUGUGAGGAGGAAUGCAAUCCAGAUCCAAAUCUGUUUUUUUAUAAAUAUCUUGCUGACAAUAGCUCUAGCUACUCACUUGACGUUAACCAGGCACGGUUCAGAAUCCUACUGAACAAGGACAGAGAAAAACCACCGAAAGACGUCCUGUCUUCAUCAGCAGCUAAGCUAUAGCCUAUUAGUAUUAAAAUAUUACAGCUGAUCUGUUACCAUGGCAAUACAGAAAUUUGCUGCUCCCACCCUGUUGCUGAUCUUGUUUUUGAUUAUCGGGCAGCAGUUACGUCCGGUACAAACAGAAAACCUUACCACUGAAGAAUCAAUCGCUGCCACUAUCACUCAUGAGGAUGUCGGCAAACACCUUGAUAAUACUAGUGACGGACACGGUGACGGAGAGGGUGGGGAGCCGGAAGCGCAUACCGGGCAUACAGGCGUUCAUGUGGCAUCCUGGAACUUUGAGUAUGUGGAGUUACCAUUAGGUGUAACUGCUUUUGCCUUGAUGGUCGGUUUAGCCAAAGUUGGUUUCCAUCAUGCAAAUUUCCUGUCGGCAUUAUUUCCUGAGUCUGUUCUCCUGAUCAUUAUUGGCGUUGUGUUCGGAGGAAUUACAUUUGCCAUUGGUUACGUUGACAAGUUUGAAUCACAGACGUUUUUCUUGUUUCUGCUGCCACCGAUUAUUUUAGAAGCAUCUUACUCGCUGCAUGACCGUACAUUCCUUGAUAACUUCGGGUCCAUUUUGGUUUAUGCUGUUAUGGGAACAUUGCUGAAUACAUUCCUGAUUGGGUUCACUCUAUAUGGGUUUUCACUCAUCGGCGCUUAUGGGGACACCUUCACUAUCAGCUUAGUACAAUGCCUUGUAUUCAGCUCCCUCAUUUCCGCUGUAGAUCCAGUUGCCGUUUUAGCAAUCUUUCAAGAAAUUCACGUCAAUCAAGUCUUGUAUUUUUUAGUAUUUGGGGAGUCACUCCUAAAUGAUGCUGUUACUGUUGUGCUAUAUAAAAUGAUGAACAGUUUUGUCACUAUGGAAACCAUUCCAUUUAGCCAGAUUGUACUGGGCUUUGUAUCAUUCUUCACAGUCAGUCUAGGAGGCGCCAUUAUUGGCAUCAUAAUCGGACUAUUAACAGCAGUCCUCACUAAAUUCACCAAACAUGUCAGAGUUGUGGAGCCCCUGGCGCUGCUUGGGAUGGCGUACCUAUCCUACCUAACCGCUGAACUCUUCCACUUCUCUGGAAUCAUCAGUAUCAUAUGCUGUGGUUUGGCUCAGUGCCAGUAUGCUUUUGCAAACAUCUCAAGGAAGUCCAGUACAACAGUCACCUACUUCACCAAGAUGCUAUCGACAACAACAGAAUCAUUGAUCUUUUUCUGGCUUGGGCAGACUCUUUGGGCUCAGACACACGAAUGGAACACAGGAUUUGUGCUAAUAACUCUCGUAUUCAUCUUCCUCUACCGGGCAGUGGGAGUGGUGUUGAUGACGUUUGUAGUCAACAAGUUUCGUAUAAACAAGAUCAAUAAGGAAGAGCAGUUUAUAAUGAGCUAUGGUGGUCUGCGUGGUGCUGUUGCCUUCUCAUUAGUAGCUACACUAACAGUAGGUGAUGUUCCUGUCCGUAAUGUCUUGGUUACCACCACCCUCGUUGUCAUUCUCUUCACUGUCUUCAUUCAGGGGACUACAAUUAAACCACUGGUGAAGCUAUUCAGAAUAAAACGCCAAUCUCUGGAGAAUGAGCCAAGUGUGGUGCUGGGAAUACAUAAUAAUAUCAUGGACUACAUGAUGGCAGGAAUUGAAGAAGUAAUUGGACACAAGGGACGCAAUUCACUCAGGAUUUGGCUGGAACAUCUGGACAAUAAAUUCAUGAAGAAAUAUCUGCAACGUCGGCCAGAAACCUGGGAGGCCCAAGUCAUGGCCACAUUUGAAGAAAUUACCAACCAAGAUCAUCAUGAACACAUCUUCAAACUAAGUCAAGGAGAAUGUGAGAACGCAGAGUCAUCUCAGACCGAGAUUGCAAACUUCAAACCAAUGCUGUGCAGACAGGCGUCAUAUUUUGACACAAUCAAACGGAGGUCCAGUGUGAAGAAGCAGAGUAAAGGGGAGUACACAACAAUCACAGACAAGACCAAAUCACCGGAUCUUACUGGUAUCAUCAGAAAAAACCCUGGUGAUGUGCUUCACGAAAAGUACGAUAAGAACCUCCUUAAUGAUGACCGCCAAGAUUUACCGUACCUCAUGAGGCAACGAUCAGAGGAGCACUUCCUCAUCAAGAGACGGGUCAUCAUGAGCGGAGCAGCGAGGUGGAAGAAGGCAUUCCAAGACAUCAAGGAAGCAGGGAUACAGAACGAGAACGGCAAGAAAGAUGAGACAGACGGUGGACCGAGAGAGACCAAAGAGGGUAACAAAGUCUUGUUUGAUAUUGAUGAGGGGGAUGCUGUUAUCACAGGGGUGGAAGACGAAACCCAAAAUGAUAACGUGGUCCGAGUAGACAUCGAGGGUGGAGGGGACAAGGAGGAUAAAGUGUAGGUGAGGAAAACAAAUUAUCCCUGGUCCUUCGUUUUUAUCAUCUCAAGGGUAGAUUAGGAAAAAUAUUCAUUUCUGGUCCCCCUUCUUAUAUCUAUCUGUAGACUACUAGAGAAUAUUGCAAUAUAGUGUUCCGAAUCCUUACUUGUUGAACAGCCUCAUUGACUGUCCCUGUAACUGGAAGAAUGCUUUUUUAGCCUCUGUUUUUACAGAGGUCUAGACUAAAUUUUAGAGAGGUGCUAGAGUGAAAAAUAUAUAUAUUUUUUUAUUGUGACAUUUCAUUUCAUUUAAUUUUGAUAAAAACGGGUUUGUGCAUCCAUCAUGUCCGUUAGUUGUCUAGCCUGUAGAGAUUCGUUGCUGUUCAAGUAUCUACACAUUUCUGAAAGUCAAAUUUUGAGACUUUAAAGGGUAGGUACACGUUUGGUAAUUACUCAAAACAAAUAUUAACUUAAAAACUGACUUGGUAACAAGCAUUAGAGA